AUGUCUUCCUUUUUACCCGUGAACAAUCAAAUAUCCUCACCGCAGGAUCGUCCGAUGGAGGAUGCGAAUACCCCGACACCUCGCGCAAGUGCAAGCAACGGCGCACAAACAAAACGGACCAGCUCCUGCGACGAGGACACCCCGCGAAACUUGAAGGAUCGCGAUUACGAUGACCCAUCGCGGCCCGCAACGUCUUCCCAACGUGCCACCCCCACAGCGCCGGCGGAAGAGGCAACACUACAUCAUGAGUCAGAUGGGGAGCACUCAGAUCACGAGCCGGAGAACGGGAACAACAGCAAUGCUCCGCCAUCCAAGAAGAAAAAGGGUCAACGGUUUUAUUGCACCGACUUUCCCCCUUGUAACCUGAGUUUCACCCGGAGUGAGCACUUAGCUCGCCACAUUCGCAAACAUACCGGAGAGCGACCAUUUCAAUGCCACUGUUCUAGGCGAUUUUCUCGUCUUGAUAACCUGCGCCAACAUGCUCAGACGGUUCAUGUCAACGAAGAGAUCCCAGGCGACUCUCUCGCUGCCAUGGGUACGCGAUUUCAACGACAAAUUCGCACAGACCGGGUUCGUCCGCAGGGCCGUGCUCGAGCGGGCACCGGCCCAAGUUCAACAGGUCAUAGUCGUGGUCACAGUCGGAACUUGUCCACGUCCAGUAUCGGGUCCACUGCAUCUACUUUCAGCCAGCCUCCGGAGAUCCGCCGGCGACCGACCUCGUUGAUCAUGCCCCACGACAAUAACGCUCGCACGCGACUGGCCUUGGAUGGCAUGGUCGAACCUCCUAGUACACCCCCAGCUCAGAUCAGAGGAAGCAUUCCUGGUCCAUCGGUGGGAGGGUCGCCAUACACCCCGUCACGUAUGUUCACUGGUGCUCCGGAACAUCUCGCGUCCCCCAUGUCCACAGCCUCCCAGGCCUCUGGCUUCUGGGACGGAAAGACUGCCGCCCGGCGUCUUUCGGUUCCCGCAGGGAUUAAUCCAUUCGUACAGCAGCAGCCCGUUCACGCGUACCCGCCGGGUUAUGUCGGUACGCCUAACCAAACCACUUAUGCCGGUCCGGGAGGCGUGUAUGCCAGUCCGGUGAGUUCCAAUUAUUCGCGUGACGAGGCGGAAGCGGAUUUGCGUAGAAGAACUUGGCACCCGUCUACUUACUCCGCAUACCAGCGCCCCGCAACGAGUGGCUUAAGCAGUUAUCAAACUCCCGACGGGGCUCAGCAGCAGCAACCUUCAUUCAGUAGUGCGAAUAAACAGGCGGAGCAGCAUCCGCCUCGACUGCCUGGAAUUGAGAGCUUUGACAAGGUCAUUUCGCAACAACGACCGCUCACGCCUCCGGGUCGUCGACCGAGUCCCAUGCAGCUUGACAGCGGUAACCAGCAGCGACCCGCGCCCAGUUAUGGGUUCGGAGGGGGGUUCAACUACAAUGCUCCGGCAGUGCGGCCUCCGCCCCCGGUUUCGGGUCCGGGCCAUCGACGAGGCCAUGUCUCGUGGGAUCUGUCAUUGCAUGCCAACUUAACUGGACUGAACAUCCGGGACAAGCCAUUCCAGCGCGAUGCAGCCCAAUGGGGCCAGCAGACCAUUGCGGAGAUCCAGAAUGUCGCGUCGCGACCAUCUACAUCCUACCAGCCGUCCGAACACCGAGGAAAUCCCGGACCGGGCCAUGGCUGGCACAGUAGCACGGCCUCGGGUUCCUCGCAGGCUACGCGGACAUCUCCUGAAGACUCGAGCAGUAGCGAGGGAGUGCACACACCCUCGACGGCAUCUCUUGAAUACCACCCCGCCAUCGUACACCACAAUGGGUCUAUCGAACCCCAUGCUCCUCAUCACCAUAGCGCUCUAGCGUCCGAGACGUCUCAAUCAGGUUACGCUCCAUUUUCGUCUCAACCCAACGAGGGUGAUCAUGUGAAUAGUAAACACGAAUCUCGAUCCGAUCUUUUCAAUACGACCCGGGACUCUGGAAUGGGCAGACUUGAAGCUUUGGUCGCUGUAGCCACAAGCGAAGACAAAGGAGCUGCCAAAUUGUUUCUGUGA